CCCAUAUUGCACAAUUGAAGAUGGUAUGGAGCCUUUUACUGGCUCAAAUCAACUAGAAAAAUAUGUCGGAUAAUGAUAAGAGAGGCUCUGUCGAACCUGGUACUCAAAACACAAAAAAUCUGCAAAUUACUUUUGUCGAUCCUACGUCUACUACAAUACCUACAUUGUUAUGCUCUACUAAUAUUAUGAUUUUCUAUCCUGGGUAAUGACCAGACAAAUGAUCCAUACAUGAUGACGCAUCAAGAUGUAGCUUUUGAAUCGUACCAACUUGGAUGCAAUACUCCCAUAGCAAAUACUGAUGAAUACAUGAAUUUUGUUCUUAAAGAAUGCAUGCAUCUCUAAGAUAAGGAAUUUAGCUCUAUACACGAUGACGCACCAAGAUGGGUAUUAAAGAGGGCUACAACUUAUUUGGAACAUGAUAUAGUGAGCCUCAGUUCCGUACAUAUUACUAUUAAUUUAAUCGAGGAUGGAUGUUUGUAUAGAUGGGACCUAAACUAAAAAAAUGCCUAUUUUCAGUGUAUCCAGGUGCUCGACUCGCUAGGCCCAGGAAUGCACCGCAAAGACCUCACCGCUAUGCUGGAAGGCAAGGGCAAGAACACCUUACUGCUUGUGAAGGAAUGCUUAGUCCGUGGCUGCUGUAUGCACAGAUGCAUGCCCUCUUGCCGGCAAAACAGCAGCAACAGUCACCUCUGGACAUGCCAUCAGUUCCUAGAAGAAAGUGGUGUUCGAGUAGGAAGAGGGAGGAGAUGCAAACAUCGCUGCUAAUCCGACCAGUUCAGGAAACACAUAAAGAUGAUAUGUAUCCUUUGAGCAAUAGGAUCAGCUUCAUGUCCAUACGGUCACCACACAUGCCAUGCAGGCGGCAAGAUACGGGCAUGUCCAUCAUCGACUUCGAUGACGGCGAGAUCGACGUGGUGCAGCACAACUCUGUCCGAGUCAGCAGCAGCGAAUUGUUUCUACGGAGGUCUAAUCCUUUUCGGUACCAGUCAAAAUCCAACUUUUUAUUGCUAUUUCGCAAUGCACUCUUGUGUGCAUAAUUAUUUAAAACUGAAAACAUCUGGAGUACACCUGAUCCAUUCUAAUUCUAAAGACUAAAGAAGUUGCACUUCCUGCUUCCAGAGUGUAAAAUGGUGCACUUGAAUGAUUGGUUGUUGGGACUAAGCA